GAAGUUUCUCGCGGUUCUCCUUUCGGUUUCUCUGCUCGGUUAAAUCCCGUCUUCACUCUUUUUUGUGUUUUUCACUUCCUUUUGGUUAAAUGGCACUUGAGAAUGAUCUGUCGUGUCCUGUGUGCACUGAUGUCUUCACUGAUCCUGUGUUAUUGAGCUGCGGUCACAGUUUCUGUGGUCAGUGCAUUGAUAAUCACUGGACCUCGAGCGGCUCCAGAAACUGUCCCGUCUGUCGACAGGUGUCACCUCAGAAACCGGUGUCCAAUCUGGGCCUUCGGAACGCCUGUGAGACAUUCCUGAAAGAGAAACGCACGGAGAGAAAGAGGGAUGGAGAUGGAGGACUGGAAUGUCAGAUACAUGGAGAGAAACUUCAGUUGUUCUGUCAAACAGACGAUCUGGUGAUAUGUUCAGAGUGUCAGAAACACGAGCACAGGGGACACAAAAUACAGCCCCUACAAGACACUAUACGCCAACGCAAGGCGAAGCUAAAAGAAGCUCUUUGUCCAACUGAGAGGACCUUGUUGACGCUUCAGAAUAAUACAGCAGUGGAUGCCCAAAUCUCUAAAUACAUCCAGAAUCAAGCUCAGCAGACAGACAGAAGGAUAAGGGAGGAAUUUAAGAAACUCCAUCAGUUCCUCAAAAAGGAGGAGGAGAGCAGGAUAGCAGAUCUGAAUAAAGAAGAGAAAGAAAAGAAAGGACAGAUGGAGAGAAGAAUGAAAGUAAGAAUACAGUCACUGUCGGGCGCAGUCAGAGAGGUGAAAAAUGCCAUGAAGGAUGAUGACAUCACCUUCCUUCAGAACUAUUACAGCAUUAUGAAAAGAAUUGAGGACACACUCCCAGAUCCAGAGCCAAGUUCAGAAGCUCUCAUUGAUGUUCCCAAACAUCUGGGAAACUUGAAGUACAAUGUGUGGGAGAAGAUGAAAGGCAUCUGUCGUUUCUACCCCGUGAUCCUGAAUCCAAACACAGCUCCACCAGACGUCCAUAUUUCAGAUGACCUGUCCUCUGUGACCUUGUGCUCCUACCGGCAGGGCGACCUAAACCCUCUUCAUCUGUACAAGAACCGUAUGGUGUUAGGCAGUGUGGGUUAUGGUGAUGGCGUUCACACUUGGGAAAUCAAGGUGGGAAAGAGUCAGCACUGGAGCCUUGGAGUGUGUCUUGGAUUGGUGGAAAAUAUUAUUAUGGAUCCCAAAAUUGACUUUUGGGGUCUCAGACGUGACGACAACAUAUACAGUUUCCUGAACACUCCAUUAAAGUUCACGAUGAUGACAAAUCCUGAGGUAGUGCGCGUGAAGAUCGAGGAUGAUUCUGACCUGAAGUGCAAAUGCUUUAGGAAAGUGACAUUUUUUGAUGCUAGGACUAAUACCCUUUUCGGAAGCAUCUCACGAGUGCCCUCUGUAUGGGAGCUCUUCCCAUUUGUGAUCCCAGGAGAGCGAUCGUCCAAUCUGUGUAUACUCCCAGCAAACAAUGAUCCGACUGUUGAACUGGCUGGACAGAAGCUAUCCUUCUUUGGGAGACACAAUGUCUUGAUUAUCAUCUAUGUUUGUUUUGUUGUGGCUAUAUUAAUGAUUCUGUUGUGGAUGAUAGACAUACUCGAUUAAUGAAUAUCUCGAGGAAAGGAAAUAAUUUGAUGGGUUAUUUCAGUAUCGUAAUGGUCUGUUAUACCUGUAUAUCUGACUUCCUGUAGGAAACUGACUUCCUGCAAUCACAUUAGCAGAAGCAAGGUAAAUGGGCUGUCUAUAAACACUGUAUCUAUAGGGAAAUGCUGCAAUAUUCAUUUGUUUUAUUUAAUUUCAGUGUAUACAAAGCCAUUGUAUAAUCUUGUUGGAUUGUUAGAUAAACUUUUUCUGACCAAGACGGUUGAAUGUAUAGUGUCUUUGAUCAACAGUAUGUAGUUUUGGGGCACUAUUAUUUAAAAAGGUUUUUCACAAUUAGUCCAUUAUAAUCAAUGAAUUUUAGAUUGGAUGCAACAUACUAUAAACUAUAAAGAAAAUUACUUAUAAGCUUUGAGAUUAGGAUUUACACUUAUUGUCUCUCUCUUUACAAUGGUCUGCAGCUGUUUUGUUGGUGCCACACACUCCAUAGUGGUACAUUAGAGGAGAUAUAACAGGGUAAUAAAUAUACUGUAAUAUUAAUGUUGAAUGUUUGGUGCUGUGCAUCUUGGGAAUUGAUCAUUUGUGUAUAAUAUCUUUUAGCAGUAAUUUAUCACAAUAUUUAUUUUAUGUAUAAUAUGUUUUAUUUUCAUGACUUCUCUCUCAGUGGGUGUUUGUUUGAAAAGGUUUCAGUUUCAUUUUGAACUCAAGUAAUAAUAAAUAUGAACCCUGAGCUGUAGUAUUAAACAUGAGGGUUUCAAACUUGGUUUCGAGCAAUCUGUCCCUCCUUUCAAAAUCUUUUGAUCUGGUUUCUUGUAUGAUUAUGGAAGUCAACACUAAACAAUGGUUCUAGACAUAGCAGAAAUUGUGAAAUGAAGUGAUGUAGGUGGGCCAAAAACGUUUCUGGCAUAUUUUAGAGUACUAAGUUCAACCAUUCAGAAAGUUUUAAACUCGUAAUAGUACAUCAUUAGAAAACGGUGCUUAGUAGACAUUUCAAUUACCAAACUAAAGUGUGUUAUAGCUAUGUCCUGUAGACAUAGAUAAAGAAAUAAAAAAGCAAGCUGAUCAGCAUCUGUAAACAAAUGAAGGUGUUUCAUCUCGUGCUAGACACAGAAAAUUGUAAAUUGACACACUUUAUUUACAUUUACAUUUACAUUUAUUCAAAGAGGAAAACAUAAUUGAAUCAUCUUAAGGAGACAGUGGUAUGAAAAGUGCCAUACUACAAAGUUUCAUUAUCAUCAGAAUAGUAUACAAAACAGAUUUAAGUGCAACAAGAAUUGUAAAUAUAUAUAUAUUUUAUUUUUAUUUAUUUUUUUAGUGACCGGUUAAGUGCUAUUGGAAAAGAUGUGUUUUUAGCUGUUUUUUUUUAAGAUAGAGAGUGAGUCUGCUUCCAGUAUUGAGUUGGGAAGGUCAUUCCACCACCGUGGUCUGAUGAGACUGAGAGUCCGGGAAAGUGUUUUGGUGCCUCUUUGUUUUGGUCGACAUUCCUUAGCCGACCGCAGGCUUCUGGUGGGAACGUAGCUCUGCAUAAAUGUUUUUAGGUAUGCUGGAGCAGACCCAGUGACUGUUCUGUAUGCAGCAUCAGGGCCUUGAAUUUAAUACAUGCAUCAACCGGCAGCCAGUGGAGAGAGACAAAGAGUGGUGUAACGUGCUCUCUUAGGUUCAUUAAAGACCAGACAUGCUGCUGCAUUCUGGAUCAUUUGGAGAGGUCUAAUAGCACAUGCAGGGAGUUCUGCAAUGAGAGCGUUACAGUAGUCCAGUCUAGUUAUGACAAGGGACUGAACGAGCAGUUGUGUGGCAUGUACAUGACUUUAUAGACAUUCUCUUACUUCUCCAAUGCAUUCUAGAAGGUAAUCUCCCAGCAGCAUAAGUCUUGUGUCGUCAUAUUUAAUUGAGUUGCUAUUUGUGUUUCUGAAGUUCUUUACAGGUGAUUUCAAGCCAAAUUGUUAUAUUACGAAUGUGCAAACCAUCUGCGGCCACCAAAAUGGUGGAAAACGCACGAUGAUUAAAGUUGUUUAGAAAUUUAGAUCAUUGUUAUAGUGUAUUAGAUGAAAAAGGUUAUGUAAAAAAUAUUACAUUUUCUAAUAUUUGUAGUACUGUGAAUUUAAACGAUCAGAAUAAAUGUAAC